AUGGCCUAUUUGUCGAGGACGCCAUCGCCGGCGGCGUCUGCUUCUGACUCGGACUCGGUCGUGGCCACACCAAUGACACCUCGUUCCAAGCUUCGGGCUCUUUAUGCUACCAUUGACGGUAGUGACAGUGAUUCCGACAAAGAAGCAGGGGGCGACAAAAACAACGGUGUCGGCGGAGAAAAUACCACACCCACUCGGAAGGCCAAUACCAAGAUCGUCAAGCCAAACAAUGCAACAUCCCCUGGAUCAGGCACCCCGACAGUGCCUAGUAGCCUCGCAGAAGCAGAUGCAGCUGUACUGGGAGCAUCGUCGCCUGGCGUUCGACACGCUCUUAGCAAAGUCAGCAUAGACAGCGACGAUGACGACACGGACUCGCCUGUUGGGCCACGAGGCCGCUUUGCAGCCCGUAUGCUGGAUGAGUCGGCUGAACAGACAGAAGCACCGCUGGCGGACAACGCGCGUGAGCGAGUCAAGCGAAUGCUCGAGCAAGCUGCGCAGGCCGAGAAGCAAGCGUCCGUCGAGACCGAUGGCGAUGAUAACGGAAACGACGCCGAGGACGAGGACGAGGACGGUAUCAGCGCCGUUGCCCGUCCGCGGAAGCUGCUAAACAGAGCAGCGCGCCGAAGUACAUCGCGCGAGGCAUCCCCCGCAAUGUUCAUGUCACCGACAAAGCCAGUAGACCGGGAAGAUUCACCGGACAUGUUUGUUACACCGACAAAAGGAGGUGCUGCUCCCUUUGAUGAGGCCACCUCUUCAGCAACCAACCCAGGUCGCACUGCCCGCUUUCAGGCUCUUGUGGCGAGGAAGCGUGAAGAGACACGCAAGCGCGAGGAGGAAGAGCAACGCAAGAGGGCCGCCCGGGCCGUCCGACAAGCAGCGGCUGAGGAGAACGACAACGAAGAUGACGACAUGCUGAUGCGUGACGACGCAGACGAUGCCGUAUCUGAUAUCACGGAUGAUGAAGGAGGCCGGAGGCUGACUCAAGAUGCCCGGCCGACACGAAAGGCAAGUCGGAAGGCGUUGGAGGAAAUGCACCGAGAGACACAACGCAUGGCCCGCAACCUGCAGCUGGCCCACGAGGCAAAGACGAAGAAGAAGAUCACAAAGGCCUCGCUGUUUGAGCGCUUUAACUUCAAGCCAGGAGGUGCGGCCACAGCAACACCAGCAACGCCAGCAGCGCCAGCCGCACCAAUAGCACCAGCCGCUGCAGCCACGCCCAUAUCCUCCAGCCGGCCAACUUCUCCAACAUCUCCUCAAAAGGACCAGGAUGCCAACGACACCGACACUCCUCCCAGCUCACCUCCUGUAGCCUUGGACGGCGAUUCUGUGUCGAAGUCAGCCACGGCGGUUGCUGAGUCUGACAAGGGCAAAGGAAAAGCAGUUGCCACGGAAGAGACGACUGAGGCCAAACCAAAACGGCAGAUUCGGGUCAGACUACCUAUCCAUACCCACACCGCCCUGCUUGACUCCGACUCCGACGAGCUGGAGAUUGUUCAGUCAACGAAGAACAGACUGGAUAUUCUUUUCCAUACCGCGCCUCUGAAGCGAGAGAAGGAGCCUCGGUCCAUGCUAGCGCUGCGUCGUCUUGCUCAGAUUGGCUCUCCCGAUAAGAAGCGGAAGCAGAAGGAGACAAACGACCUGACGUUGGGUGAAUUGCAGCAAGUUCUACAAGGCCGAGCGCGGCAUCAGGCGAAGGUCGAGCGUGAUGAGCGAAUGGAGAAGCUCCGCGCCAAGGGCAUUCGCAUCCAGACAGAGGAGGAGCGCGAAAAGGAGAUGGCCGAGGUCGAUGACAUUGUUGCACGUGCCCGUCUGGAAGCGGAAGAGAUCAUGCAGCGAGAGAAGAAGGCGGCCAAACAAGCCAAGAAGGAGGGAAAAGGAGGUACCGACGACGACGAAAGCGAAGCCGAUCUACUCGAUUGGGACGGCAGCGAAGACGAGGAUGGCGAGGACUUUGCCCCCGAGGAGGAGAAAGAUUUAGAGCUUUCUGGCUCAGAGGAUGAAGAUAAUGAAGAAGAUGCCGAUGCCAUGGAUGAGACUAUGGAAGGGGUGCUGAUCGACGAUGAUGCAGCAGAAUCGGUAGAUGAGGCUGCAGAGAAGACUAAGGACGACAAACCUGAGGACACCCGUCACUCUCCCGAUGAGAGUCGCGAUGCGCCCGAAGUGCUUCCCACCCCAAGACGUACUCGUCCCGCAAAUCGACGCAAUGCGGUGCUGACUUCAGACGACGAGGAUGAGGAUGUUGCUUCCUCGCCCGGUCUUCCUGUGUUGACGGAGGCGAAUACGCCAAGGCCCAAGACCGCCUUUGCCAAAUCGCCGUCGGGACCAAACAUCAACAGUGAUUCGCCUCACGUGCCAACGUCGGUUUUACGGUCCGCGACCAAGAGCUUCAUCCCAGGCUUGCCCGUAGCUCUUGGUGGGCCUGCCGGUAUGGGCCUGACGCAGAUCUUCGCCGGCACGAUGGCGGACGACAGCCAAUUCGCGGGCUCUGCAGGUGGUUUCGGCUCCCCAUCACAGCUCAUGCCGACUAUUGGCAACGUUUUUGCAGGGCCGAGUCUAGAUGGAGCCAAAGGCAGCACCGACGACCAGGAUUUUGUGCACAGCAGUCAGCCAACCCAGGAUUGGGUCAGACAAGUUCAGGAAGGUGGCUAUACAGGUAGCCAGGCCGUCAAGCUGGACUUUAGCCAGUCACAAGUCCAUGGCCUGGGCAGUCUCCUUCAUGACGUCGACUCGAGCCAAUUCUCCGAUCUGAUGGAGAGUCAGGAUCUGCCUUCUCAAGAGUACACGCCGCUGAAGGUGCGCUUUAUCGAGCAUCAAGCAUCUACAGCUGAGACGGUUGUCAUGUCACGGUCAGAGAGGAUGAGUCUAGACGUGUCGCAGCCCCAACUAGAAUCUAUCGCGCAGUCGCCAUCACCUCCGCGGAGAAAGGGCAAGCUUUUCCGCAAAACGAUUGCAACAGAGGCCGACGCCAACGAGGAAGAGGCAACAAGCGACAUCGAGGUGACUGCAAAAGCCAAGUCGGCAUUCAGUAUGCUAAAAGACGCCUCGGCAGCCAAGAGGAAGCAGGCGUUAGCAACAGCCUUUGACCGAAAGAAGAGCAAGGCCAAGGAAUUAGUUGAGGAGCAGGCUGAAGAGUCUGAGGAUGAAUAUGCUGGUCUUGGUGGUGCAGAUGGCGAGGACAGCGACAACGAGUCACUAGCUUCAGUGAAAGACCUCAUCGACGACAACCAAAAAGUGACAGAGGCAGAGAGUGCGAAGCUGGCUGCUUUCUAUGCUGAUCGGGAGCGUGAGAACGACGAAAAGCAGGUGGAGAAGCUUUUCCGCGAUGUCACAACGGGAAUGUUGCGGCGUAAACGUGGUGCAGACUACGAUUUGUCGGACUCGGAUGACGAUGGUGAGGCACGUCGGCGGAUGAAGCGGCGGCAAUUCGCACGGAUGCAAAAAGCGCUGUUUUCCGAUGAGCGGAUAUCAAAGGUAGCGGAGAACCCACGGAACCUGGCGUUCCUGAAGACGAUCGAAGACCGUGGUAGUGAUGAUGAGAUGGACUUUAUAUUCGACAACGCUGCAUCGACAGUCACGUCGACCACGACUUCUACAACUUCUACAACUGCAGCUGCUGCCGAUAGUGAUGGCCCCAAGGUUGUAAUCCCGGACAGUCAGCCAAGUAUCGAGCCAGAGAGUCUUUCAGACAGACGAGCAAAGCGGCGACAACAAUCUGGCAGCGGCAAAAACGGCAAAAAGCCAUCCAAUCUGGGAGAGAUUCGCGAGUCGCUUUCCAACCUUCUGGAGGACGAGACGAGCAUGUCGGUGGUGGCAGACAAGGAGUUUGGAUCUGACGAAGAGGAUGACGGUAUUCAUGGAGCCACCAAGGAGAGCCGGCGGGAGGACUCGGAGCAGCGGCGGAACAAUGCCAAUGUAGUGGAUCGCAUCAGCCUGCAACGGGCCAACAGUAGCACACAUGCGACAGCUGGCCGCACUGCUUUUGAUGCUAGCCUUGGUGGAAGUCCGAUGGGCCCGACGGGCUUCAAGGCACCGGCACUGCUGCGACGGGCAACCACCAACUCGCUGUUGUCUGCUACGAGCAGUCGAAGCAGCAGCAGCGGUGGUGGUGGUGGUGAUGGAAACGGUGGCGGCUUUGCCGAUCAGGGCAAGAUCAAGAAGAAUGCCAGCAAGCAGUCUGGCAUCAACUACUUUGCACGGGAGAAUGAGCGGCGGACUGCCAUGGCAGAGAGCGACAAGCGGCGACAAGCGAAGAAGGUGCGCAGUGCAGAGGGCCGCAGUCGGAUUGUCGGCGGGCUAUUCGGUGCCGGCAAGUUUGAGUAA